AUGACCGACCUCCACUCAAUCGCCGCCCAGUUGCCGCUUCCCAAAUGGACGCAAACGCCUGAAGAAAUCUUAACCGAAACAAAAGCGUUGAUUGCAAAAGACGUGGCCUUCCAUGACCAGAUAGCUGCCAUUGAAGAGCCUACGGUGGAGAAUGUGUUGAUUCCUACAACUAAUUACGAAAACAGCGAGUACUUUCCCGUGAAUAAGCUCACGUUUUACCAGUACGUUUCGCCAGAUAAGGCGGUUCGGGAUGCAUCAACAGAGGCAGAGAACUUGUUGGACCAGAACCUGAUUGAACAGAACUCGAGGAUUGAGGUGUUCAGGGUGUAUAAGAAGUUGUGGGAGAAGAUCAAGGAUCUGGACGUGGUGGAUGCGGAAACGUUGAAGUUUUUGGAGAAGACGGUGAAGUACUAUAAGAGGAAUGGGUUGGACUUGCCAGAGGAGAAGAGAGACGAGGUGAAGAAGCUUAAGUUGAGGUUGGCUGAUUUGCAGACGAAGUUUUCCAAGAACACCAAUGAAGAGAAUGGGCAUUUGGAGUUUAGUUUGGAGGAUUUGGACGGCGUGCCGCCGCUGGUGAUUGAACAGUUUGAAAAAACUGACCAGGGGAAGUACAAGGUGACGUUCAAGUACCCAGAUAUCUUGCCGGUGUUGAAGUAUGCCAAGAAGGAGGAAACCAGGAAAUUGGCGUACGUGGAAAACCAGAAUAAGGUGCCUGAAAAUGCUCCAAUUUUGAAGGAAAUUGUGGAAAUCAGGUUUAAACUCGCUAAGCUUUUGGGCUACGAAACUUAUUCUGAGUUUGUGCUUGAAGAGAGAUUGGCCAAGAACCAAAAGACUGUGCUUUCGUUUUUGGACGACUUGAAAGGCAAAUUGAGUCCUUUGGGCGAACAAGAAUUACAGAAAAUGAAGGCCUUCAAGAAGAAGUACUUGGAGGCUGAAGGCUUGCCUGCUCAGGAUGAAUACUUUGCUUGGGACCACAGUUUCUACAACAACUUGCUCUUGGAGCAGGAGCACCAGGUGGACCACCAGAAAAUCUCUGAGUACUUCCCGUUGGACCAGACCAUCUCGAAAAUGCUUGGUUUCUACGAAACCUUAUUUGAUGUCAAGUUUGUCAGCGUGGACAAUUCCGAUUCCGGUUCGGUGUGGCACCAGGAUGUUCGUAAGUUCGCCUUAUUUUCCAACAUCAAGUACGGCGAGCCAAAGAACGAGUUCAGAGGCUGGAUCUUCUUUGAUCUCCACCCUCGUGAAGGUAAAUACACCCACGCUGCUGAAUUUGAACUCGAAGCAGGCUACGAAAAGGCUGACGGGUCCAGACAAACGCCAUUCUGUUCGUUGGUGUGUAAUUUCACCAAACCUAAAAGCGACAAGCCUUCUUUGUUGAAACACGACGAAGUGACCACUUUCUUCCACGAAUUGGGCCACGGCGUCCACAGUUUAUUGUCCAAGACCAAGCACGUCAGAUUCCAUGGCACUCACGUCCCUAGAGACUUUGUGGAGUGUCCAUCUCAAAUGCUUGAGUUCUGGACAUGGUCUCCUAACGAACUUAAGGAAUUGUCUUCCCACUACGAAACUGGCGAGCCUCUUGCUGAAGAUUUGCUUGAUAAAUUGAUCAAAUCCAAGCACGUCAACACUGGGUUGGCCAAUUUGCGCCAGUUGCACUUUGCUCUUUUCGAUAUGAACCUCCACACGAUCGCUGAACAAGGAAAAAUCGAUUCUGUUGAUCUCGACAAGUUGUGGAACGAGUUGAGAGAGGAAUUGACUUUUAUUAGUAACGGUGGAGUCACUGGAAGAGGAUAUGCCACUUUUGGUCACAUUGCUGGCGGCUACGAGAGCGGCUACUACGGAUACUUGUACUCGCAAGUGUUUGCAACGGAUAUCUACUACACUCAUUUCAAGUCGGACCCCAUGAAUGUGGAAAGAGGAUUACAGUACAGAGAUACCAUUCUCAAGAACGGCGGCUCCAAAGAGGUGUUGGACAUCUUGAAGGAGUUGCUUGGCAGAGAGCCCAACUCGGAGGCAUUCAUGGCGGAAAUCUUGGGCUCCGCUUGA